AUGACGCACGCAGUAACUAAGCAGCACUCCAAAAAGGCCUCAGCAGCAGCAGCAACAAUUCCACACGUAGUGGAAGACUGCAUGGGAUUCGUACAACUAUACAACGACGGCACCGUUUCGAGGCUCAAAGACAUCGACUUUCUGAAGUUCAACCUUCCACGAAUCCGCGACGACGCCGUCUCCUACAAGGAUUGCCUCUACGACGAACCUCACGGCCUCCACCUCCGCAUCUACAAGCCCGUAUCCGACCGCCGCGACGGAGGAGGACGGCGAAAAAAGCUGCCGAUCCUCGUCUACCUCCACGGCGGCGGCUUCUGCUUGGGCUCGCGAGACUGGCCCAACUUCCACAACAGCUGCCAGCGGCUGGCGUCGGGGCUCGACGUGGUGGUCGUCGCGCCUGAUUACCGUCUGGCACCGGAACAUAGGCUGCCGGCGGCGGUGGAUGACGGGGAAGCUGUCAUGUACUGGCUGAAAGCUCAGGCGACAGCGUCUUGUGGUGAAGGGUACGAGGAGGAUUGGCUGGCGCCGGAGGGAGUUGACUUUGACCGGGUCUUCGUUAUGGGGGAUUCGUCGGGUGGGAACAUUGCUCAUCAGCUGGCGGUACGGUUUGGAAGUGGUUCGCCCGGUCUGGCUCCGGUUCGAGUGAGAGGGUUUGUUCUGCUGGCGCCUUUUUUUGGAGGGGUGGAUAGGACAGAAUCGGAGGAAGGGCCUAGGGAAGAAAUGCUGAGUUUGGAGGAUCUAGACAGGUUUUGGAGGCUAGCUUUGCCUAUUGGGGAGAACAGAGACCACUGGUUGGCCAACCCAUUGGGCUACUUAUCAUCAUCACCGGAAGCAGCAACUAAAGUGGAUCUAGAUCCAAUCUUAUUGAUCGUCGGCAGCCGUGAAUUACUGAAAGAUCGGGCAAAGGAGUACGCCGUGAAAUUGAGAGAGAUGGGGAACGUGGCUGAGUAUGUGGAAAUUGAAGGAGAGCAACAUGGUUUCUUCACCAACGAUCCUUACUCAGAAGUCUUAUCAACCAAAGUUAUUGAAGUAGUGGGGAAGUUCAUGUACAAGGGAGAUUACUGAUCAGGAGAUCUCUAGAAUUAAUUGUUCAUCUUGCAUUGGGCUAUAGUAGUAAUGUCUAUUGAGGUUAGGAUGUUUUUACAUAUUAAUGAUGGUUGGAUCACACAUUUUUUGGUUC